AUGGAAGGCGAGUGCGAGUUCAAUGUCCCCGGUGUCGAUAAGACGUGCAAGACGUGGUACAAGGUUUUUGGUGACCUCAAGUGUGGCAAGACGCCCCUCGUCGUCCUCCACGGCGGUCCAGGCGUCCCCCACAACUACGUGCUCUCUAUCGCCGACCUCGUCCAGACACACGGCAUCCCCGUCAUCGUGUACGACCAGCUCGGGUGCGGCAAAUCCACGCACCUUCGGGAGAAGAACGGUGACACCGACUUCUGGACCGAGCAGCUCUUCGUGGACGAACUACACCAUCUCCUCGAUCACCUCGCGAUCCACGACAACUACGACAUCCUCGGGCACUCGUGGGGUGGGAUGCUGGGGUCGCGCUUCGCGACGCAGCGGCCUAAGGGGCUGAGGAGGCUCAUCCUCGCCAACUCUCUUGCGAGCAUGCCUUUGUGGGUCGAGGCUGCGAACAAGCUCCGCUUGGAUCUUCCUGCGGACGUUCAGGAAACACUCACGAAACACGAGAAGGAAGGGACGACAGACUCGAAGGAGUACCACGAUGCUAUGGACGUCUUCUACGCCAAGCAUGUCUGCCGCGUCAUCCCCAUGCCGGAGGAUGUCGCAGCAAGCUUUGCGCUUCUUGAGCAGGACCCGACGGUUUACCACACGAUGUGCGGCCCGUCUGAGUUCCACAUCAUCGGCUCGCUCAAGACGUGGUCGAUCAUCCCCGAACUGCCCAAUAUCAACGUCCCGACGUUGGUUCUCAACGGCCAUUACGACGAGGCACAAGACAGCGUCGUCCAGCCCUUCUUCCAGCAUAUCCCUUCGAAUGUGCGGUGGUUCACGUUCGCAAACUCGAGCCAUGUGCCGCAUCAUGAGGAGCGGGAGUUGUACAUGCAGCGCGUUGGGGACUUCUUGUCGAUGGAUAUGUGA